GUAUUUACUCACUCCUAACACUACAAACUAAAACCUAGAGACCAGCGCCUCCUAGUGGUGAAUCCCCGCACUGCUGCAGCUCAUUCACAGGAAGCUAAGCUCCAUGGCUGACACGGAAGAGGAAAACUUACAGAGCCAAAUUGAUGAAAUUGAAGCCCUCUCUUCUAUCUAUGGGGAUGACUGGUGUGUAAUAGAUGAAGCUGCAAGAAUAUUUUGUAUAAAAGUCUCCAACUGUUUGGAUCAUCCCGAGUGGACACUUUGCUUACAGGUGAUACUACCUCCUGAAUACCCAGCUGCAGCACCUCCUCUCUACCAACUAAAUGCUCCAUGGCUUCGGGGGGAAGAUCGUAUGACAAUAUCAAAUAUUCUAGAGGAAAUUUAUUUGCAAAAUCUUGGUGAGAACAUCCUUUACCAAUGGGUGGAAAAGAUUAGAGAAUUUCUAGAAGAUAAAUCCAAAACAUCAUCUCCAGCCCCGAGUUCAAAAGCUACGACAGAAGAAACUGAGGCGGACGAUGACAAUAUUGCUUCCAGCUCUGAAUUAUUGAGUGACUUGUUAACAUGUUCAGUUAUUGAUGGAGCUUUUGAUUCUUUAGAAGGUUUUGGUAAAGAGAUUCCCUCAGUUGUCCAUGGAGAACCGAUUAGUGACAGGAGGAGUACAUUUCAGGCACAUUUAGCGCCAGUGAAUAAUCCAGGCCAGGUAAAAGAAGUACUGAACAACUUGUAUGAGAACAAGAAAAUUGCUAGUGCGACUCAUAACAUAUAUGCUUACAGGAUAUAUUCUAAAAAGACAAACUCAUUUAUACAAGACUGUGAGGAUGAUGGGGAAACAGCAGCUGGUAAAAGACUUCUUCAUCUUAUGCAGAUUUUGGAUGCCAGAGAUGUAAUGGUGGUUGUGUCACGAUGGUAUGGAGGUAUUCUUCUUGGGCCUGAUCGCUUUAAACAUAUCAAUAACUGUGCACGAAAUAUACUGGUAGAGCAUCACUACACAAAUUCUGCAGAAGAUUCUGGAAAGCAUGCUGGAAAGAACAAAAGUCAUACUAAAGACAAUAAGAAGAGAAUAGAACAUUAAUCUACCAUAGGAAAUAAUAAAGGAAAAUGUCCAAAUGUUUUAUUACUUGAUGCAGAUACCUUCUUCUUCAGAGGUUUAUUUGUUAAACAGAUUUGUAAGCUAUUUGAUAGCUAUCACACCCCCUCCCGUAGGCUUGCAUUGCGGGGCAGAGCGUGACAUCACACGCCGGCGCAAGCGUGAUGUCACACGCCGCCCUGUAGUCGCCCGUAAUCAGACCCGGAGCGAACACACUCCGGGGACUGAUUACAAACGGGGUGCCGCGUGCAUGAUCCCGGGGGUCCCCAGCAGCGGGACUCCCGCGAUCAGGCAUCUUAUCCCCUAUCCUUUGGAUAUGGGAUAAGAUGUUUAAGCACCGGAGAACCCCUUUAAAAGAAAAAUGCCAUCAGAAAAGGACCUAUGUCAUUUUUAAGAUUUUUUUUUUUUUUUAAUGUUUUUUCUAAUUUUCUAUGGUCUGUCUAUCUAUCAACACUGGAUGCACCAUUCACAAUGGGGGGUGGCCACAGCCCAUCUCCUACCCCUGCACUGGUUACAGAGCAUGCCUAAAAAACUCUCCCUUAGAGACCCCUCCAGUUUAACCCCUUAAGGACACACCUCAUUUUAGACUUCAAGCAUACCUGUCAUAGUGCAAUUUUUUUAAAAUGUGUAUAGGACCUAUAUAUACAGAGCAAAUAGCAUUUAUCUGUUGCUCACUAAGGGUGCGUUCCCACCUGGCAUAUACGCAGUGCAAAAUUUAUG